AUGAAGGACCUUGGAACAUUGAAAUAUUUCUUGGGGCUGGAAGUUUCACGAACAGCUGCUGGUAUCUCUGUGUUCAAUCGAAAAUAUGCCUUAGAACUAUUGUCUGAUGCUGGUCUUUUAGGCUGCAAAUCAAUAAGCACACCUAUGGAACCAAAUUUGAAAUUGUCUUCCUCUGAUGGGGAAAUUCUUUCAGACUCAACAGGAUAUAGAAGAUUUAUUGGAAAGCUCAUCUAUCUCACUAUUGCCAGGCUAGAUAUUACAUAUGCUGUGAAUCGGUUUAACCAAUUUCUAGCCUCAUCACGUGACUCUCACCUUAAGGCAGCAACUCGGGUUCUACAAUAUAUUAAAAGUGCUCCAGGCCAAGGGAUUUUUUAUCCUGCUAAUUCAAAGUUGCAGCUUAAAGGGUUCAUAGAUUCAGAUUGGGCGGCAUGUCCUGACACUCGCCAUUCUAUAAGUGUUUUUUGCAUUUUUCUUGGUUCAUCCCUAAUAUCUUGGAAAUCAAAGAAACAAUAG